GAUAGUGCAGCAUCAAAGCUUCUUCAUCGUCAUCUCUUCCUCGAUCCGUAUCCGUUAAUCGCUCGAGGAGAACACACGAGUCUUGCUUAGCGCGUGCUCUCUGCAAGUCGAUCAUGAGCUACCAGCAGGGCAACGCCGCGUACCCUCCGCAGGGCCAGCAGCAAGCCUACGUCGCGCCGCCACCACCGGCCGGCUACCCGCAGGCCGACGCCGACCAGAAGUAUCCUGCUUCCGGCGGCGCUGCCGACACCACCAGCCGCGGCGGUCACCACGGCCACCACCAUCACCACCACCACAAUGGAGGCGGCGGCGGCGGCUUCUUGAGAGGAUGCUGCGCGGCGCUCUGCUGCUGCUGCCUCCUCGACGCCUGUUUCUGAUCACCGAGUCUGUCUGACGCCGACGCUGACGCUGACGCUCGUCGUCGUGAUCAAUGUCCGUCAUAGGCUCAUAGCUGAUCUAUGGUCAGGUCGGGAGCCUGGACAUGUCGUCCUGCGUCUGAUCAGUUGUUUGUUGAUCGUUCUUCUUUUUUGUGUGUGGCGAUGCCAUUGGCUAGUCGUUUGUUUCUUUGUUGAGUAGUACAGUAUUAGUUGGUUUCGGUGUGUAUGUAUAUGUAGGAUGGUGAUGUUAGUGAUGUUUCUCCAUCUCAUGUACUACGUACAUUGUUAUGGUUUCUGUAUCAGUAGCUGAUCUCUUUUGAGCUUCUCUAUAUAUGAUUAGAAGACGAUUGUGUUGUUAUCA